AUGCAGCCGACAGACAUGGAGGUUGACGGGCGCGAGGGGGGGAAGCCGGUCGUGCGGAAGCCGUACGUGCUGAACGAGCUGGAGCACGAGGCUAGCCUCCCGGAGAAGAAGUCGCAGACGCUUUCCAAGGACCUCAUCGACUACGUGCAGCACAUGAUACGCAACCAUGGCGAGAACUACAAGGCGAUGGCUCGGGAUGAGCAGAACUAUUACCAGGACACCCCCAAGCAGAUCAAGAGGAAGAUUGCCGUCUACAAGCGCUUCUACCCUGAGGAAUUCCAGGUGUUCGUGGCAUCCCUGCAGCAGGACAAGAUGGACCUCCAGUGACAGCUCCUGUUCCUGCCCAGUUAGAGACGAGCCAGUUCUGCUCCGAGAACCAGCGCGGCACCUCCCCUGGGCCUCUGUGUGGGCUUCCUGUGGCCGUUCACCAACUGCAGGUUUUCGGGAGCCUAAGCUCUGAACUUGAGGAGCUACUGGAGGAU